UGGGUAAGGGCAGGUUCUCCUUCUCCUCUCUCUCUCUGUAGGAACCCACCUGCUCUCUCUGCGGUUUAUAUAACCUGCUCUCAUUACACAUUUCUUUUUUUAAGAAUAAAACGGAUAUUUGGACAGAAGGUCACGGUCAUGCAUGACCAUAAAGUCUAAUUCACCCUAAAUAUAUUGAAGAGCUGACGUUCCAGGACGAAGGAGGAGUUUUCUGUGUUAUUUGGCUUGUCAGGUUUCCUACUUCUUGGAUUUUAUCUUCAAACCAUGGGUGUAAUUUUAGAUCUACUGCAUUCAUGUAGGCAUCAUUAGAGACCGUUUCACUUUCCCUUGAGAGCCAGCCAUCCAUCCAUCCAUCAAACGGAAAAAGGAAUAUGGCAAAAAAUGUGAGCGAAGUCCCGAGGGAGGAUUUGAGCAAAAUCUCAGACGAGGAACUCCUCAGACUCAGCAAAGAUGAGCUGGUUCGAAAGCUCCGCAGGGUCGACAGCGAAAGGAUCAGCUUAAUGGUGGAGCACGGGAACAUGAUGCGAGACGUGAACCGGAGACUCCAGGUUCACCUGCACGAGAUCCGCAAUUUGAAAGAAGUCAACCAGAAGCUGCAGGAUGACAACCAGGAGCUCAGGGAACUGUGCUGCUUUCUGGAUGACGACCGGCAAAAGGGCAAAAAGCUGUCGCGCGAGUGGCAGCGCUUCGGCAGGUACACGGCCGGCGUGGUCUGGAAGGAGGUCGGAUUCUAUCAGCAGAAACUGAAGGAGCUGGAGGUGAACCAGGAGACCAUCAUGCGAGAGAAUGUGGAGUUAAAGGAGAUACUCAUCAUGCUAGAGGAGGAGAGGAACGGUGCCGGGUCGAGGAGCUCUAUAGACAGCCAGUCCAGCUUGACCAACCUGAACGGGGGUACAAAUAACGUAAGGGAUGUGGGGGACGGAAGCAGUACGUCUAGUACUGGAAGCGCUGGAAGCCCGGACCACCAUCACGGUCACGGUCACAAACCUGUCGAGGGCAAAAUAACGGCUAUUAGAAGGUCUAUGGACGAUCUGUCAACUAACCACCUCCAUCGGAGCAUCCCGAAUGGACUGAACGAGUCCUCGAACUACAUCCACCAGCUGGAGACGAAAGUUCGGAUUCUAGAGGACGACAACAAGCAGGUUUUCUCGCAGGGAAAUGUCGGAGAUUUGAAGACCCUGAAGAAAGGCUUGUCGCUGUAUCACUCCGAGUCGCAACUCUCUGCACUCUCCAAGCAGCAAGACAGCUUACAGAAUGGCACUGCUCGACUCCCGGGUGGAGAUCUGUCCUCGCCCAUCACGCCAUACAUAACGUCCACUCAGAAACCAGAAGCUCUGGUUCAUGCCAUGAAGGUAUUGGAGGUCCACGAGAACCUGGACAGACAGAUUCCCGAGGACUACGAGGAGGAUCUCAGCGAGAAAGAGAAAGCUAUCGUGAGGGAAAUGUGUAACGUGGUGUGGCGUAAGCUCGGUGAUGCAGCAGGCUCCAAACCCUCCAUCCGGCAGCAUCUCUCCGGAAACCAGUAUAAAGCGCCGAUGUAGCUCUGGCCUCGACCAGCACAGACGCCAACACACCAGUCCGCCCAAAACCAGCGUAACUCCAGAGCACUUCAGAAAAGCAAUCAAAAACCUGCACUCCGAAGGCUCCGUGCCGGCAGCCAUGUUUUAGCGUACGCUGGACGUGUUCGGUCCAAUCAAAUCACGCAACAAAGAUAUAAGGCAGCUAGUGGCAUACAUUAGAAAUCCUGACUUUACUCUCCAUCAGCAAUGGAGCUGGUUCACUCAGUCAAUGAUCCUAAAGCGUCAAGACCUUCUUCUUUCAGGAAAAUAACUAUCACGAUGUAGCAAUCGACCCUCUGUGUCUCCAUUCUCUACAGAGGUUUAAACAUGUUCACGCCAUGAUCACAUCACUCCUUAUCAUGUCUGCUUCCACGUUUUCUGUUCUUUUUUUCAAGAUGCAAGCACUCAGUGUUAGACGAAACCUUUUAAUCCAAGUAGAAAUCAUGUGUAAAAAAAAAAAACCUUCAUCGGCUGUGGAUUUUCCAUCUCAUGUUGUAUCACAGCGUUAUUUUUGACCUCGAAGGCAUUUUAUACUCAAUCGCUGACAAUCGUUUGCAAAUGAUAAACUGUUAAAACUCCUUCGCAUCAGCUGAAGCUUUAGGCUUAACAUAGAAGUACACAGUAGGGGUGUACUUACUGGAUUACUGGAGUAAAACCGUACCUGGUCUUCAUGCUACGUAGCAGAAUCGUUUAUGCUGUGAGACUAGCGCUACGUUCAAACUAGCACAACUUAGAAGGAAGAAUCCCUGUUAGCGUUGGACAAACCCUAAUGAUUGGGUAAAAUGUUUUAAACAGUAACAUUAGAUCGUGACCUUUCAUAGAACGUUAUGAUGGAAGGAAGUAGCGAAAAAAGAACAUUGGUGCACACGUCAAGAACUUAGUUAGCACCGAGUAAGUCCGACUUACUUUCGUUUGCGUUGAUCAGGCUAGCUUUAAACGAUCAAUAUAGCUAGAACUUUUUCAGUGUUAGGCCACGCCCACAAGGGGCACCAACAAACAAAACAGCAGAUUGCUAGUGUGAACGUAUGGGUAGGACUUUUUUUUUUUUUUUUUUGAGCCCUCUAGCCAAACGUGGCGUCAUACUUGUACGCAAGAUUGUCACGUACGAAUGUUUGUGUAGAUGCUUUGUCAAAAAAUGCCAGACUGCACCUUUAAAUCCUCGCAGCUGCCACAAAAGAUAUUUGCUGCAUUCGUGCUGUAUCUCAGUGACAUUUUAGAUUUUUUUCCGUCUAAUAAAAGAUUCCAAUCAGGA